CUAGCCAAGCGCGCGUAUCGACGCUCUGAACAACAAAAACAAAUAGCUUUUCCAUCAUCCAUCCAGGCAGGUCAGAGCUGAGUUCAAACUUGACAAAGCAUUGUGUUUGGUUGUGAAAUCUCAAGAAACUGCAAUCCAGAGCCAUCACAUAAUGAACCACUCACAUGCUGAAGACUGGAUGUCCUGCACACUGUGCAGAGCGAACCACCAAGGACAACAGGUCUUAGAGAGAGCGAGAAGGAGAGAGGUCACUUGGCCCGAACCUAGAGAACAGGGGACCCCUCCUAUUCAGGAUACUCUGACUUACACCACUAUAAAUGAAGCCUUUGGGAGCAUCCUGCAGUACAUGACUACAAGCAGCAGACAAUGUAGGAGAUACUACUCCAGCAUUCCAGCGUCUACCCAUAAUGCACUGGACAAGCGGCAUUGUGGGAGAUUCCAUGCUCCGAGAUACAGAGAGCCCCGGAAGACGACACACCCACUGCAGAAAACAGAAGAUGUUCACAUCCAAGUCCAGCCUGGGACCUACGCCGUGACGGCCGGAGGCUGGGGCAGGGGCAAAGGUCAACAGACGCACGUCGUCCAUGUCAACCAAGGUCAAAGUGUCAACCUUGAUUUUACCAUGUGACGUCAGCUUUUGAGGAAUCCACCAACAGCAGCUGAUUGUAUAGACUUUUUUUAGAAACUGAUUGCGCUGGUGGUUUUAUAGACUGAUUAUAUGAGAGCCAGAAUAAUAAUAAUAAUAAUAAUAUAAUAAUAAUAUUCCAUGUUUAUCAAGCGCUCAAUACAUCGAUCCAACGAUGUGCCUAAGCGACAUAUAUAUAUAUUAUUACCCCGGUCAUCGGAUUCAGGCUUACCCGCACACAAUGUAUGCACAUUUUCCACUCCCUGGGGAGCAUUCCAGCCAGUUGCCAUUUUACAAACGCACACUUGCUCGUCCAACCAUAUGAACUUUUGCAUCCUACUGGGAGCCAGAAGAAAGCUUGUCUUAUCGUCUUCCCCUGUCCCUGUAUCUAUCUGCGCAUGUGAUUAACCUAGCUGUGCAGUGUAAGAGGAAGGCUGCCAUCUACUGUCGAACAUCGUAUUUGUGGUAGGGAUAAUCCUCUAUGGAAUUGAAUUUCAAUAUGUGUGAUACACACCUCUGGCAUAUAGUGGCGAAAAUUAAGUAUUGAUGUUAAUUUUGUAAAAGCUGUUUAAAUCAUGAAUGAAAUUCAGCAGUAAUGUUUGUUUCACAAAUAAGAUUAGUAACCCUUAUUCCUUCUGUUGUAAUCCUAUUUUUGCACAAAAGUAAUGGUUUCCGACCCCUUAGUUGCAAAAAUGUCUGAUUUAAGAACAAAGUAGAGAACUUUUAUUUGCAAUCUUGUUUUCAAUUAAUCUUUUAUCCACGUUUUUAUAAUCACCUCUAUUAAAGUUUCUAGGCAGGAACUUGUUGUACCCUUUGUCAAAAUUGAGUGAGUUGGUUCACUUUUGAAUAUAUGUUAUUUUAAGGCUACAAAUGGCUCUCCAUACUUUUUAAGUCAAACUUAGAGUUAAGUUCAACUUAGGAUCUUUGUGAAACACCCCCCUGGUCAUGCAAUAUUGUUGAGAAAAGAAACUGGAAGCAUUCGGGAAACGCUGACUGUAAGCUUUAGGAAUCAUGCAAAUUAUCAGAAUUUGACCCAAUUGUGCUGAGAGUCCCAUGUGCUCAUGUACACAAACUUGUAGCCUGAAAGUUCAGUCCAAACAUGUCAAUUUUUUUCCUGUUAUAUAGAGUCCGAAGCUGUGACAUACAAAUCUAUCUUUUAGAAUUUUUCAAUGUUUGUCUUCAUUUUCCGAAAGAGCAUAAAAAAUAAUGUCCGAAUGUUGAAAACCAAUUGAAAAUGUUAAGUAUUGGCUGAGAUAUGACCAUCUAAAUAAAU